AUGUCAUCGAACGUUACUGAUUUAGCAAAACAAAUUUCUGGAAUAAUUACUACCGAUAUUGGUUUAUUUAUAUUAACAACUGGUUUACUGGGUAAUAUACUUAACAUUAUUGUUUUUCUAUCUUUGAAAACAUUUCGAGAAACUUCAUGUGCAUUUUAUUUAACAUCAGCUUCAUUUGCAAAUAUAAUUCAAUUAGUUGCUACUUUAUUUUCACGUAUUCUUAUCACGGGUUAUAAUAUUGAUUUAACUCAAACAUCUUUAUUUCUAUGCAAACUACGUCCAUAUGUAGCAACUAUAGCUCCACUUAUGUCUAUAUCUUCGAUGUGUUUUGCAACAAUUGAUCAAUUUACUUCAUUGAGUGUUCGUUGGCGUCAUUUUAAUCAACGAUAUAUAGCUGCAUAUUUAACAAUAAUUACUUUAAUUUUUUGGUGUUUAGUCAAUAUUCCUGUGAUUAUUUAUAAUAAUAUAACUAUGGCUUCUACUAAUCCUGUAACAUGGGCAUGUUCAAUUACAAAUGCAAAUUUUAGUCUUUAUUACAAUCGAUUUUAUAUAUCAUUUCUACUUGGAUUUCUUCAACUUAUUAUUCGAAUUAUUUUUGGUCUUAUGGCUUUUAUAAAUGUGCGUAGUUUAAGAAAUAAUCAAGUGCCUAUUAUUCGUUUAGAACGAGAUAAACAAAUAACAUCGAUGGUUUUAAUUCAGACACUUGUUGAUGUUAUAAUAUCUUUACCAUUUUUUAUCUAUAUUACUUACAGAUCUUAUACAACAAUUAAAGAUGCAAAUGAUUAUUUUGUUUUUUUAGUUAUUUUAUCAACAACAAAUAUAUUAUAUUAUGCUACAUUUUCACUUGGAUUCUAUAUUUAUUUUUGUUCAUCAUCUCGCUUUCGAAAACAAAUCAUAUAUGUUCUUGUUGGUAUUCAUUUGAAAUAUUGUUGCAGAAUUAAUGUUCAAGAACGUAAUAAUAAUAAUCAAAUUAUUCCACAGUUAACCACAAAUAAACCAGCUCUCUCGAUGAAUAAUAUUCAUACAGCUCAAUAA